AUGUCAAUUUUAGCCUACAAUGGGGGUGCAGUAGUUGCGAUGAAAGGUCAAGAUUGUGUUGCUAUAGCUACUGAUAAACGAUAUGGUAUACAAGCUCAGACUGUCUCUACCAACUUUCCUAAAGUGUAUCAAAUGGGCCCAACCCUAUUUGUAGGCCUUCCAGGUCUUGCUACUGACACACAGACUGUGUUCCAAAGGCUGAAAUUCAGAAUGAAUUUGUAUGAAUUAAAAGAGAAUAGAAUAAUGAGGCCUAAAACUUUCUCUGCAAUGCUUUCUAACUUAUUAUAUGAAAAGCGUUUUGGACCUUACUUCAUUGAGCCCGUUAUUGCAGGCUUGGACCCAUAUGAUAAUCAGCCCUAUGUUUGUAACAUGGAUUUGAUUGGUUGUCCAAAUGAACCUGAAGAUUUUGUAGUCUCAGGAACUUGUUCUGAACAGUUGUAUGGUAUGUGUGAAGCACUGUGGGAGCCCAAUCUCAAGCCAGAUGAAUUGUUUGAAACAAUCUCACAGGCUUUAGUGAACGCGGCGGAUCGUGACGCCAUCUCCGGUUGGGGUGCAAUCGUAUACAUCAUCGAGAAGGAUAAAAUCACCGAAAAACAUGUAAAGACGAGAAUGGAUUAG